AUGGCGACUGGGGAUGACCAAGCGAGAGUUCGUCAUCAAGUUGAAUACCUCGGUCUUCGGGAGAAUAUUCGUGUGCGACGUGCUGGAUUCGCUUAUCGCAGGGCAUUCGAGAAGUUCUUGUGGCGUUAUGCGAUCCUGACCAGCGAGACGUGGCCAACUUAUCGUGGUGACCCAAAGCAAGGAUGUCAGCUGUUUUUACUGGAAGAAGUUCGUGAGAAGAAAUACGACGGGUUCGCCAGGAAGAUUCAGAAGGCAUGGCGGCAGUUCAACGCUAGAAAACACCAUACCAAACAGAAGGAGCAAGCAUCCGAUCUUUUGUAUGGCAAGAAGGAAAGACGACGGUAUUCUUUGAACCGAAAUUUUGUCGGCGAUUACAUUGGCUUGGAGCACCACCCCGUUCUUCAGGUGAGCAUUACUCCAUCUCAUUUGGAAUUGUAUGCACUAAACCACACUUAUUGGAUCUCCAAAUUGUUAAGAAAAUUUAAAGUAAGAAUGAAACAGAAAUUAACAGUACAAAAAAACAAACAUUGUUAG